UUUUUAUAUGUAUUUGUGUGUGUAAAUAUAUAUGAUAUAUAAACAAAGAAAUAUAUAUCUAUGAAUUUAUAUGCGUAUCACUGUGAACCAAGAGAAGCAAGAAGAAAUUUUUAUCAUCAGGGCUGGUCUCUGAUUGUGUGGUGGCAUACAAUAUUUUGAAUAUUUCCUUUGAUCUUCUACGUCAAGAGGACAAAGACUACGUGCCCAUUUUGUAUUUUUGUUUUCCUGUUGCUGCUUCUCAUCCCUCUCAAUCUUUUUAUUUUUUUCUUGCAUCCGAGAGGAAUAAAGUAGAAAGUGGCAGGAUUUGACGAAAAAGGGAAAAUCUGUAGAAAUUCCUGUGAUUAGUGCUAUUUCCAUCGGCUUUAGCACUCUGUGAGCCGAUCACAGCGUGCUGUGUGAGAUCUGAAGAGGCAGCAGAGACAGAGUGCCACGCGGCUCAUCUCAGCGUCAGUCCAGCCAGCACAGCCAGCAUGCACAAACACCACCACUGCUGCAAGUGUCCAGAAUGUUAUGAGGUGACCCGUAUGGCUGCCCUGCGUAGGAUGGACGCCCCAGCAUAUGGAGGAGACUGGCAGACUGAGCCCUAUGGAUACCCACCAGGGUAUGGGGGAGGCCAGACCUUACCCCCUCCAGCCUCAGGAGGGGGUGGAAGCAUGGGAGGAGGAGGGGGCACUUUGGGGAGAAGUAAGGGCAAGAUAAUGUCUGGUGGGGGCCCUGGAGGCCCAAAUCCAAAGGGCCAAUCCAAGAGUGGUCCCAAAGUAAAUGGCAACAACUCCAGUGGACAAGGAGGAUGGUGGCCUGAGUGCACCUGUACCAACCGGGAGUGGUAUGACCAGGCCAACCCUCCCCCCAUCAUUGUCAACGCAGACUCACUAGAUGCAGGCCCUUAUGUAAAUGGCAGUGAUGGGAUGUAUAAAUAUGAAGAGAUCAUCUUAGAGAGGGGGAACUCUGGUCUGGGCUUUAGCAUUGCCGGAGGGAUAGACAAUCCCCACAUUCCCGAUGAUCCAGGGAUUUUCAUCACCAAGAUAAUCCCUGGAGGAGCAGCUGCUAUGGAUGGACGACUGGGAGUUAACGACUGCGUGCUUCGUGUGAAUGAUGUUGACGUCUCUGAGGUGGUUCACAGCCGGGCAGUGGAAGCCCUGAAGGAGGCGGGGCCUGUGGUGCGGCUGCUGGUCCGACGGAGACAGGCCCCACCUGAGACAAUUCUGGAGGUUAACCUGCUAAAAGGGCCCAAAGGUCUGGGAUUUAGCAUUGCUGGAGGUAUCGGCAACCAACAUAUUCCAGGAGACAACAGCAUCUAUAUAACCAAGAUCAUAGAAGGCGGAGCUGCUCAGAAAGAUGGACGACUGCAGACUGGAGACCGCCUGCUAGCUGUGAACAACAUUGUGCUGCAGGACGUACGUCAUGAGGAGGCGGUAGCUGCGCUAAAGAACACCUCUGAUAUGGUUUACCUCAAGGUGGCCAAGCCAGGACCUGUGCAUCUGAACGACAUGUAUGCCCCGCCAGACUACUCCAGCAGUCUGGCCCUCCCUCCAGCCUUUCCCACCAUGGUGGACAACCACGUCAGCCACAACUAUAUGGGGGCAAUGGAGCCCAAGCCAGUUUACCCUCCACCCCAGGUCACCCCAUCCAGGUAUUCGCCUGUUCCCCGCCACAUGCUUGGGGAGGAAGAUUUCACAAGGGAGCCGAGGAAGGUGGUGUUGCACAAGGGCUCCACAGGUCUGGGCUUCAACAUCGUUGGCGGGGAGGAUGGAGAGGGGAUUUUCGUCUCCUUCAUCUUGGCUGGAGGACCAGCUGACCUAAGUGGCGAGCUGAGGAGGGGAGACCGGAUUCUCUCAGUGAAUGGAGUGAAUCUUAGGAACGCCACACAUGAGCAGGCGGCUGCAGCACUGAAGAGAGCUGGACAGACUGUCACCAUUAUUGCUCAGUACAGGCCUGAAGAGUACAGUCGUUUUGAGUCGAAGAUCCACGACCUGAGGGAGCAGAUGAUGAACAGCAGCAUGAGCUCAGGAUCAGGCUCCCUGCGCACCAGCGAGAAACGCUCCCUCUAUGUCAGAGCUCUGUUUGACUACGAUCGAACAAGGGACAGCUGCCUGCCCAGCCAAGGCCUGAGCUUUUCUUAUGGGGAUAUCCUUCAUGUCAUAAAUGCUUCUGAUGACGAGUGGUGGCAGGCGAGGCUUGUCACACCUCAUGGAGAGAGCGAGCAGAUUGGGGUUAUUCCAAGCAAGAAGAGAGUUGAGAAGAAGGAGCGGGCCAGAUUAAAAACAGUCAAGUUCCAUGCGAGGACAGGCAUGAUUGAGUCAAACAGGCCAGUCAAAGUAAAGCGCAAAAAAAGCUUCAACCUCUCACGCAAGUUCCCGUUUUACAAGAGCAAGGAGAAUAUUGUGCAGGAGUUGGUGGAGUCUGAACAAUGCCUGACAUCCAACACAAGUGACAGUGAAAGUAGCUCGAAGGGUCAGGAAGACACAAUCCUUUCCUAUGAGCCAGUCAUUCGACAGGAAAUCCACUACACAAGGCCUGUGAUCAUCCUGGGCCCAAUGAAGGACAGAGUAAAUGAUGACCUCAUCUCUGAGUUUCCCCACAAGUUUGGCUCAUGUGUACCUCGUGAGUUAACAUUCAACACCACUUCGCGGCACACUAAACAUAACAGCAGUGACCAAAAUAAACUUGUUCCAUUCGCCUCUACAGAUACAACCCGUCCAAGGCGAGAGAACGAGAUGGACGGCCAGGACUACCACUUUGUGGCCUCAAGAGAGCAAAUGGAGAAAGACAUUCAGGAUAAUAAAUUCAUUGAAGCUGGCCAGUUUAAUGAAAACCUCUAUGGGACAAGCAUCUUAUCAGUCAGAACUGUGGCUGAGAGGGGGAAACACUGCAUUCUGGAUGUGUCUGGGAAUGCCAUAAAACGACUGCAGCAAGCACAACUUUAUCCGAUUGCCAUCUUUAUAAAACCAAAAUCCAUCGAAGCUCUAAUGGAAAUUAAUAAGAGGCAGACGUAUGAGCAGGCGAAUAAAGUCUUUGACAAGGCUGUUAAGCUGGAGCAAGACUUUGGAGAGUAUUUCACAGCUAUUGUACAGGGUGACUCGCUAGAGGAGAUCUACAACAAAAUCAAGCUAAUCAUCGAGGAGCAGUCUGGGCCCUACAUCUGGAUUCCCUCCCCAGAGAAGCUCUGAGCUCUUCGCCGCCCUCUUUGCGUCAGCCCUCCUGCCUCCCAGAGACCCCACCCAUGUCCACAUAGCCCCUCCCCUCCUCACCUCCUUUUUGCAGAUAUGUUUCAUAUCAAGUUUUAGUGUCAUCAUUAUGUUACUCUAAAUGAAAAGAAGUCUUAUCACCAUUACUGUGACUGUGCACACCCCUGCAUGAGUUUCUCAACAAAUCCAUUCAAGACUGGAAACGCCAUUCCAAAAGAAUUUGUCAAAUGAAAAUAAAAGGGAAAAGGAUUAAAUCCUUUUGUGAACUGGGACUGUCUAAAGAUCAGAACGUUGUGAAGAAAUCAGAAGAGAAGUUGGGAUUCAUAAAGAAGUUGCAGGGGAACAGAGACAAAUCAUACCAAGUUGGAACACUUUGUAAAUGUUCAUUAAAUCACAUUUUAAAAGACACAAGAUGAAAAGUUGAAGACCAAUUUAGAUUUUCCUGUUUUUUUUGGUUUUAUUUGUUGGUUUUGUUUUUCUAAAGACUGGAUAAAAUUGAGCCCUGCUGAUGGUACUGUUCAAGGAGUCAUUUCUCUUGUUUGUAAUGACUGAGGAAAUAAGUUGAGAAGCCUAAGAAAAAACUGGUGAUCUAUCUGUGUAUCACAAACCAGCUUGCUGUUUGGUCGUCUGACAGGCGUCUGUGCUGCAGCUGAUAGACGUCUUGGGAGGCAGACCAUGAGAGAGAAAUGCGUUGUGAAUCACUACAUUUAUAUUAUAAAAUCACAAGAUUAAUGAUAAAGUCCUACUGAGAUUUUACUACAUAUUAAAAUCUACACAUUUUACACUUCACUAGCUGUCAGUUUGGAUGGCUGUUAGAUUCCUUUUUCUUUCUUUCUUUGUGGGAUUUCUUUGCUUGUGGUUUUUAGCUGCUCUGUAAAGGUUGAGGGUAGAGAAGUGUAACCGGGCUCUCUGCAAAACACCAAACUGCCUUACAUCAAAUACAAAUUCUGUUUCGUGACUACCUGUUGUCUGUGAGGGAGGCUACGCACAACUGACGAGAAGAGUGGAAACACUUUCACCUUUUCGUACUUUUGUGUCCUCCAAGUGUCAGGAGGUCUGACAAUGAGUGCAAUAGAUAUAUAUAGAAAGAAAAAGUAACCUCAGUGGGCAUCUUUUCUCUUCCCUGUUUUUUCAACUUUUCUUUUUUUGCAUGUGUAAUUAAUGAAUUUGGCCAUUGGAUUACAGUUUGGACAGCCAAAGCCUUCUCUAUCUUAUGUUAAGCAGCAGACUACCCCAUUACACUCUCUGCCUUCCCAGAGGUUUCUCUUCUGAUUGGUCACAUGGUACUGUCCUAUCUGCCACUGUGGUGGCCUUAAAACGGGUAGAACAAGACAAUAAUUGUGUUGGAUGUUCUAACAAUUAAGUCCGUAUAUCCUGUUUUGAAUUGUCCCUCCCUUGCCCCCCCCAACCCUACCAAAUACAACACUAAAAUUGGGUUUGAGUCAACUUUUAUGCUUUGUGUAUCUAUAAACAUGAAUUUUUAAUGACUGACAUUGGCAGGUGCUGAACCACUGUGUUGAGAUUUUGAUGUGUCUGAAGUGAGCUAGACCAGCUCAGGAAUCUUUAACAUACAGAUGCCAUUUCUCUCUGUGAGCGAAAGGUCAUGUUUGGGCAAUGACCUAGAGUUCAUAGUUGACAAACGUGAACAAGCAAGUACUCGAGGAAGACCACUUAGUGAAAGGCGUUUUUCAACAGGACUGGGCAAUCUAUCUUUGCAGGGCUGAGAGCUCGUUAAUAUCAACUGGUUUGGUAACCUUCAGGUUUGCAGUGUGGCAUCACCAGGAGUAAAAUUACCCGCUUCACUGUUCCAUGCAGAUCCUGGCAACUGUAUGUACAUGUGUGCAUGUUAGAGGGCACAUCUGGAAGAAGAGUGCUGUGGCCCAUAAUCUAUAUAAUUUUUUUUCUUUUCUCCUCAGAGAGCCAGGCCCAACAAGAAAUAUUAACCCAGACCUCUGGGUCCCUUGCUCUCUCACACCCACAGAGCAGCUGUACCUGCAGGCAUUUACUGAACAGGUGUGCCCACCUGCCAGGCACCACUGCUAAACCAGCUGUCAUUACCUGUGUCAAAACCAGAGUUCAGGGAAUAACCGAAAGGGAACAGAGCCAUUUAUAAACUGCUUGCAGACUGUUUCUAAAGGGUGUGGUAGCUGUACAAUGUAAAUAAGCCCCCAGCAGAUCCCCUCACCUGUGCUUCAUGCAUGUGUGAAUCAAACUGGGACAAACAUGUUUUAUAGACCACAAAUGUCAGGUAAGUAAAGUUUGAGCUACUCUUGAGAUAUAAUUUCCAUACAAAUGUGCUGUAUUGUUGGUAUUUCUCUUCAAAUGCCUAUUGGAACACUUAACUAGUCAGUUGGGAAUUCAAGUUCCCUCAAGUAGGGCCUGUCUACAUGUGAUUUCUUGUGGAACGUAUCUGGGUGUAUAGAUUUAAAAAAUAUAUAUAUUGUAAAAUAAAAUGAUGCAGGCCGAAACCUACAUGAUAUCACAGCAACCAGGAGCAUUGAUCAAUACAUCAUUAGAAGUUUAGGAUUGGUCCUCCCUGGUGUUUAGUUGAAAUACAGCUGACUGUUAACAAAUGUGUGUGGUAUUCAUACCUCAGUCAGCCAUGUCAAAGCCCAAAGAACUUGAUUUCAUUUUACUCUUUCCAUUGAGGUUGUGGUAACAAGAUGGAACCUGAAUGCCUCUGUGUGUAUAUAAUUGAUGAGGGUUGUUCUGAUGCGAGAAAUGAUGACAUAUAUAUAUAUAUACUUUUAUUUUUUUUUUUUUUUUGGGAGGGGGUGGGGUCAGGGUUCUUGUUUGUACUUUUGGGUGAUGAUAUGUUUAUGUUAUAGCACAACUGUGCAGUAAGUGCUUGCAAACAUGAACCCUUUGAUUGUACAGUAGUUUCCUUCCUGUCACUGCAGGUGGUACAGCCUAUUGGGACACUUGGCCUCAUGGUCUUCCCUGUCCUAGUCAUGAGGGAACACAGUCCUGCAACUUUUGUUGGGGUUUUAAUUUGGGACUUGACAAGAGUUUAUUUGUUUGAAAAUAAAAUGUGAUUCAGUUAUCA